GUUGAACACUCCUGAACUCUUGGCCUCAGCCUCACAUUAACUCUUCUUCUCGCAGAUACGGAGAGAGAGAGAGAAAUGGGAUCCAUAUCGGCUGCUUCGGGAACCACCGUGUUAUCCUCCAGUCUCCGUCGCCACAGCAAUCGGCGAUUAGGUCUGUACGAUCGUCGCCAUGAGAAUCUAUCCGUCGUUUCGUCUUCACAACCGCCUCUUAUGCCACGGCAGAGAUGGCUCUACGUCCCGGAGACGAGGUUAAAACAAGAGAUUCUGAGGAUGGAUUUCAUCGCCGGAGCUGCUGAUUCCACUAGCUCUUCUCCUUCCGUGGCUUCCGGUGAUAAGACCUUAAUCCCUGAUGACGAAUUCACUCUAGCCAAGAUUUCAUUUGGUGUUAUUGGACUAGGUCUCGGGGUUUCGCUCCUCUCGUACGGUUUCGGGGCUUAUUUUAACAUCCUUCCUGGAUCUGAGUGGUCUGCUAUUAUGCUAACAUAUGGGUUUCCCCUUGCUAUAAUCGGAAUGGCACUCAAGUACGCAGAACUCAAACCAGUUCCUUGCUUGAGCUACUCAGAUGCCGUAAAGCUUAGGGAAAGCUGCGCUACUCCUAUUUUAACGCAGGUUAGAAAUGAUGUCACGAGAUACCGUUAUGGAGAUGAACAGCAUUUGGAAGAAGCACUAAAACGGAUCUUUCAAUAUGGACUGGGCGGAGGAAUCCCAAGACGUAGUGCACCUAUCUUAACGAUGAUAAGGGAGGAGGUCCUGACCGAUGGUCGUUACUGCCUGGUCCUUGUAUUUGAGGCCAAAGGUCUACAGUUGUCAGAUUUCGAAAAAAGACAGGCAAAAUUCACUUCCUUCUUUGGACCAAACAUCACUGCGGAAGUCGGCAAAGGAGAAAGUGAGAAUAUCUAUGAAGUAAGACUGAUUUCUAAUGUCUCCACCAACUCUGUAUCUUCUACCUCUUGAAUCAUAUACAUGGCGACGUUUCGAUCAACGCUAUUUGUCAUUUUGCUCUUGUAUAUCAAACUCUGUAUAAUCAUCGUAUGUAUAAAGGUUCAAUUUCCCUCUU